AUGUCUUCCUCCCAGGAACGCCAGCCCCGCAGGCAAAAGAAGCAGCAGCAGCAGGUGGUCGAGGAGUCCGAGUCUGACUCCGGCUCAGAGGAGCAGUAUGAGCCCCCGAAGAGGUCAAACCGCCGCUCGCGCCAGCAGAACAACCAGAUGCAACAACGGAACCAACAAGGCCCCAUGAACCAGAUGGGCGGUGGCAUGCCAGGCACAAUGGGCAACGUCGCCAACCAGGCUAUGCAGCAGCAACAACAACAACCGCAGGGCGGCGGCGGCGGCAAGUCAGACACGCUGCGCUUGAGGUUGGACCUGAACCUGGAUAUCGAAAUCACGCUCAAGGCCAAGAUCCACGGUGAUCUUGAGCUGGCUCUGCUGAACUGA